AAUAAGCCCCGAGGACUGAAUUUGAGUUGGGAAAAACUCCUGUGAUGUGGAAUUUUUUGCAGUGUGUGCAUUCCUGGAUACCCAGACUCCACAUAGCACCGAUUUCAGAGACUGUUUUUCAGCCUCAAAUCACUUUAAUCGUUUUAUUCGACCAUUAACGGUGUAUACCCCAGUAGGUCAUUCAUUGUUAAAGGCCAUGGGCUGGCGCAUGAAAAGUUACCCACUGUUUAAAGGAGAGAGGAGGCUGAGGUUAUUGAGGGUGUGUCUCCACUUUGGCCAGAGCUCGGAGUUGCUUUGCGGGUCGUACAGAAUCAGUGUCAGAAUCAUUGGUCCGGAGGAUGAAUAACAGCAAUAUCACCAAGAUAACUAAGAUGGCUGACGCGGAGCUGGUGAAGAAGAUGCUGCGGGCCGUCCUCCAGGCCAACAAGGGCGGUGUGUCACUGUCCCGCCUUCAGUCGGAGUACAAGGAGCUGACCGGGGACCAGAUACCACACAAACAGAUGGGACACAACAACCUGGAUGCACUGCUAGCCAGCAUGCCCUCUGUUGUCCGCAUGGAGCGCAACCGCUCUGGAGAGAUGGUGUACUUUGCCUCAGUGGCCAAUGAGACAGCCCAUGUAGCCAAGGUGGUGGCUCGCCAGCGCAGCUCCAAAAAGACGGGCCGACCCCAUCUGGUCAACACCCAGAUGAGGGUCAAACCAUCCGCCCCACUCGUCCUUAACGCCAAACCCCAGACCUCUCUGAGGCAGCCGGACCACCGCGGGCGAGGUGGGGGGAGAGGAGGCGGCGGCGGCCGGGGGACGGGACAUGGAGACUUCAGACAAGCGAGGGACAUGAGGGACACCCAAUCAGAGGGCAAGGGUGGGGCGCAUCAGAACAAGUCGUCCAAUCAGAACACACCCACCAGGAAAGGAAACACACCUUCGGAGAAGCCAGACAAGAGGAUGACCCUCCCGUCACGAUUUCAGAAGGAGGUGCAUGCUCACCUUUCCAGAAACUCCCCACAGACUACUUCUCCCUCCAACCUGAACGAGGGCCCCGGCUCGGGGAAAGGGAAGCCUUACAAUCCGCAGCAGGUUCAAGUUCGCAUCAAAGAGAUCCUUGGGAAGUACAGUAAUGGGUUCUGGGUGUCCAAGCUGCCUCAGAUCUACAGAGAGCUGUACAAACAGGACCUGCCUAGCGAGGCCAUCAAAGACCUGGAGAGCUGGACGCACAUUUGCACUGUAGAGAAACCCUGCAGCAGCAACCCAUCAGAGCUGCUCCUCUACCCUGCCAAGGAACAGACAUCGCCGCUCCCUAACCCUACAGACAAAGCUGUGCAGUCCCCCACCCCACAGAGACAACCCAACGCCCAUCUGAGCCGCACCAGCUCUCACCCUCCUCCUCACUCUCCCCCGUCCUCGCCCUCGUCCCCCAGCCCUCCCCCCUCCCCGGUGUCCCUGCCCGAAUUGAAGCAGAAACUGGAGGAGCUACUGGUGAAAUACCCCAAUGGCCUCUGGGCCCAUGCGCUGCCCAAGCUCUUCCAGGACACCUACAAGACCAAACUUCCUGGAUAUGUCCUGGAGAACCUCCAGCUCCUCUCCGACAUCUGCACCAUCGACUACCCGAUGCCCGACAACCCCAAGAGGGCCAUCCUGUACAGGAGGAACAGCACUGGAGGGGGAGGAAGAGACGAUGAGAACUGCAAUAGCAGGAGCUCCUCAGCCAACGAGGAGGAGCUGAGAGCAAGGCAGGAAGUGGGGAGGAGGCUCAGCAACCAGGCGGUGCCUCCUCUGCUGAUCCCCAGGGAGGAGUACCCCUCUGUGCUGGUGGUGGAGGCCACCAAUACCAACGGAGUUAUACUCAGGUACAUCGGUGAAGGUUACUCCCAGGCCCAAGAGUCCAUGGAGGAUGAAAUGAGGGAGUUUUACGGCCUGGACCAAAGCAGUCCGACUCCUCUGGCCUCCCCGGCAUCAGGGCAGCUUGCUGCUGUCAGGGCCGAGGAGGAGGAGGAGAUCCUGAGGGCUCAAGUCUGUGAGGUCAUGGCUGACAAGGUCAAGGUGUACUAUGUGGAUCAUGGCUUCUCGGAGGUGAUCAGCAAAACCAAAGUGUUUGAGCUGCAUGAGAAGUUUUUCAAGUUGCCUUUCCAGGCAACCAAAUGUAAACUAGCAGGCCUGGAGCCAUUCUGCCAGGAACCUGAGGUGCUGAAGAAGUUUGAGACCAUGGCCAGUGGAAGGAUCCUAUUGGCUGAGAUCCUGGAGAGAGGUGAAACACCACUGGUUGUCCUGUAUGAUACAUCACAGGAUGAUGAUGUCAACAUCAAUGCCGCCUGCAUGAAAGCUCUACAAGACAAGACGCUAGCCAGCCCCUUACAGGUGAACAGUGCCUAUAUGAAUGUGACUGUGAGCAGUGUCUGUUCAGAUGGGACCAUCUACUGCCAGCUGCCCUCCAGAGGUCUCGCCAAGCUCAAUGAGAUACUGGAGAAGACAGAGACCUACUUCCACUCACAGGUAACAUCAGAGUUCCUGGUAUCCAGACCCUUCUGUGGGAAAGUUUGCCUGGCUCGCUACAAAGGGAAAUGGUCCCGUGUUGAGAUCACCAACCUGCAUGGCAGCAGAGUGCUAGACAUCCUGUUCAUUGACUUGGGCGUCCAGGCUUCUGUAGAGGUGUUUGAGCUGAGAGAGAUCCCACCACCAUUCCUCCGAGAUCUUAUGGCCAUCCCGCCGCAGGCUGUGAAGUGCUGUCUAGCGGAUCUGUCUGUCAGUUUGGGAUCCUGGACUCCAGAUGCUGUCCAGUGGCUUCGAGAGAGAGUGCUCAACUCCACUGACUGUAGCAUGAAGGUUGCCAAGUUGGAUGACACCAAGCGCUGUAUCCAUGUCCACCUUUUCACCGACAAGAACUUCCAUGACGUUGCCCGCAGCCUCAACCAUCAAAUGGCCCAGUCUGACCUCUUUAAACAGCAACCAGACGUCUUCCUGACCAGCCACAGUCCUACCAAGACCUGCACACCCACGUCAUCCUCCAAGACACCCAGCCCCAGUGACACUGCUAAUGGGAGUCCAAGCACGACCUCUACCCCAACCAAGCCUCAUCUGAGGAGGGUUCUGUCAGGGAGGGGAGGAGGAGGAGGAGGCGGAGGCGGAGGGGGAGGAGGAGGAGGAGGAGGAGGAGGAGGAGGAGGAAGCACAACCACCACUAGCCCACCACAGACACCCCCAUCCCCCUCACCCUCUCUCCAUCUGCCCCCUCUUCUAGAGCUCCCCCCAGUAGGUAACAACAUGGACAUCUAUGUAUCAGUUGCUUGCCACCCAGGCCAUUUUGUGCUGCAGCCCUGGAGAGACAUGUACAAGCUGGUGGUGCUGAUGGGAGAGAUGAUUCUCUACUACAACAAGACCGAGGAGAAACCACUCAACAUAGAGAAGAAUCAGAUAUACGCUGCCAAGGUGGAGAACAACUGGCACCGUGUGUUGGUGAAGGGAGUUCUGACCAAUGGGCUGGUGUCUGUCUAUGAGCUGGACUAUGGUAAACAUGAGCUAGUCAGCUGCACCCAGCUCAGACCUCUCAUCAAGGAGUUCAGACAGCUGCCAUUCCAGGGAAUCACCGCUCAGCUAGCUGGAGUGAAGCCGAGGCAGUGGUCGGAGGAAGCUUCCAUCGUCUUCAGGAACCACGUGGAGAAGAAACCCCUGGUGGCCCAGCUGGAGGCUGUGCAGGAAGCCUCUCAGCCGUGGGACAGGAAGUUGACAGUCUUCCUGGUCGACACUUCCCAGGAGGAGAAGGACAUCUGGGUGCAUGACAUCAUGGCCGAGUUUGCGGACGAGCAGGGGAAUGAGUUGUAGAGAGCAGAAGCACAUCGACGCAUGUCAACUAUCCAAACCGUCGACCUGUUGCUCACAAGGCUACCUUAAGCUGUGGAUAGAUGAAAUAGAAGAGGCUUACCAACCUGUCUACCUACCUACCAACCACUUUUGAGGCUGAAAGAAAUACAGAAUGGAGGAAAGGAAGGAAGAGUUCAGGAGGAAACAAGAAGUGUGGAAGUGGAGCAGAUGCAUAGCAUAAUGAGACUGGCAAUGAAAGAUGCGAGGAGCAGUUGUCUACCCACUUGCUAGUUGUGUUUCGGGCUGUACAACAAAGAAUGUUGUGAUGUGAGUUUGAGUGACUACCGUGUGAUAGCUGGACGAUACGCACGCAUGCAUGAUGUUUGUGCUGACUAUACAGCUUGCCACACACACAUGCAUACACACACACAUACGCACACAAACGUGCAAGACGCACUUGAGUCUACGCAUAACGGUUUCUCAAAGCUGUGGAAAAAAUGCAACAUGCAUAAUUAUACCAUUUGGUGGGCGCUUUAAUCCAAAGCAGCAACUUACAGUACCAGGAGUGCAUCCAUUUUUUUAAUGUGAGUCAUCUGUGGGAAAACUGAACCCCCUCAGCUCUGCCGAUGUUACAACCAACAAAGAACCACAAUACAUGUAGUGCAUUCUAAGAAAAAGCGCACAAAAUGAAAUAUUUAAUAAAACAACUUGUCAGAUGCUAGGAAGACUUAAAGGCCUACGUUUACAAAAAUCUGCUUAUUGGACUCUGACAGUUGUAAGGUUUACAAAAGCUAGUCCAAACAUUCCCCUAAGAGGAGAGAAAGUGGAGGAGUCAGUGAAGUCUUUGAGUCAGAAAUAGGAGGUAAGAUGACCAGUGAGAAGAUUCAGGGUCAGUCAGAUUUGAACUGAAAAGGAAACACACCUUCGUCUUUGCUUAAAUCUCUUUAUACAGAUGAGACUGCCUUUGUUUCUGUCAUGCGACAAAGUUUCAGUUUUUUUUCAAUUGACUUAUUUGACCCAGUGGACUGAAUAUGGUAUUUGACUUCAUGAUAAGCUGGAGUUAUGUGUAAGUCAGUGACAACCUGGCUAUUUUCUUUAGCAGUUGUUCCCUUUUUACACAUGGCAAACCAAUGUCUGCUGCUGGUUACUGGCCAAGCUAGCUAAUGUUGAGUGGUAAUACACUCAACGUCAGUUAUGAUGUAUUGUUUUUUUUAAUUGGCCAUCGGCUCUUCUUAUUUUUGUACCUCCUGUCACUGAAAGCAGGUGUGGAUGUGUGGGGUUUCCCACAGGUGAUCAAAGACUGAAGACGGUGUAUUCCUGUCAUGGGACAAAGACUGGUUACAUUUUUUUCUCCUAAUACCUUUUUUCAUUUUUCUGUUUUGUGCAAAAGAAAGAAAGGAGAAAAAAACACUGACUGUUAAGUGAAACUUCUCACUGUGAAAUUGUAAAAGUGCUGUUCCUGACUCCUGUGAUUACAAUGCCUCCUCUAUUUCAACUCCACCUCUGAAACACUGAUGCCAGAAUGGUAAUUAUUUUGUAUUUUUUCCCCACUCAUGUGACUUCUCUUUGCUUUUUUAGGGGGUUGAGAAUUUCAUAUUUAUUUUUCAUUUGUUUUUUGUCUGACAAUGAAAUUUCCUUUAUUUCAGCAAUGACAUGCUGCAUGGUAUAUUGGAGAUUUUACUGACUUGUGUGCACAUAUAGUUUGACAUUAUAAUAAUAUAUAGGUUAAGUUACCAGUAGUGUUAAGCUUAUAGACUUCCAGAUGGGAGAUCAUUCUCCUCAUGUUUGACACCACUAACAGAUGUUAGCCUUGUCAAGCUACAGUACGAUAUGGGAUUAUCCUCUGAAAUGUGACUUUAUCCCCGACACCCCAUAACUGUGGUUCUGGAUGUGCAAAUGCUUCUCCACCUCUCAGAAUACUGGACAAAGCUCAAAGCUUCAUUAGAAAGAGACAGGGGUGACAUGAGGUGAACUUAUACUGUUUAAUUUAUCUUCUCUAGAUGAGGAUCAUCACUUUAUCAUUUCCAUUUUGUUUAACAAUGACCUGGAGGGAAUGAAAGAACCGUUUUAGGAAUAAAGUUAACUUGAGAAAUUUC